AUGGCUCACGGUUGCCCUUACUUCGACCCUGACUACAUUCCAGCCUCGGAGUACAUUCCCCCGCUUAGGGUGUGCACCGAUAAUGAUACAUGCGACAAUUGUACUCUUGUCGAGGUGGAUGGCGCUAGUAGGCGCAAUAUUCUUUUGAAAAUGGUACAGGUCCUAAGCGAUUUGGACCUCAUCAUUUCCAAAUCCUACAUUUCAUUUGAUGGUGAUUGGUUCAUGGAUGUCUUCCACGUCACUGAUCUUCAAGGCCGCAAACUUCGUGAGCCCUCUAUUAUAGGCUACAUACAACAAUCUCUUGACAUUGCACAAAAACUUAAAGAAUCUUUUGGCCUCGCACGAGUAAAAAUCUGCAACGGCAACAUAGUCGGUGUCGACCACUUCACCUCCGAUUGCAAUGCCUUUGAAGUAACCUUCAUUGAUCGCCCUGGCAUCCUCUAUGAUAUCUCUACUGUGCUCUUCGAGCUCUCAUGUGCCAUGGACUUCGGUGAAGUUUGGGCUCACAAUGGUCUUGUGGCUUGUAUCCUCUACAUAAAGGAACAAGGCACGGGUCUACCCAUCUUGGAUCGAACCCGCUUGACUUACUUGGGGGACUAUAUGGCAAAUGUAAUGGAGGCCCACCACUUCCCUGGUGAGCAAUGGGGGGUACGGCUACGAAGCCCGACAGCUUGUCGGAUCCACACAGAGCGACGGUUGCAUAAGAUGUUGCAACAACAUAAGGAUUAUGAUGUUGGACCACUUCCAUUGCCAGUCGAGGAUGAUCAAUUGAGCUUGACUAUUACAGCCAUGGUGACUAAUAAAAGGUUUGGUUGUGGCAAUAUAGGAGUGGUGUUUCGGCCUCAAGUGUCUGUUGAAAGUUGGAGGGGGAGGGAUUGCUUGGUUGUGAAUGUCAAGAGUAGUGAUAGACCUAAGCUGAUGUUUGACACAGUUUGUGCUCUAACAUAUUUAAAUUAUGAUGAAUUACAUGGCUCUGUUAUCUCUCAUGGAUCAGUCGCAAUUCAGGAAUACUUUGUGCGGCAAAUGAAUGAGUGCAUGCUGAUUAAUGAGAUGGAGAGACAAAGUUUAUUUCAAAGUUUGGUGGCGGCUGUUGAAAGGAGAAUGUCUCAAGUGAUACAAGGGCUAAAGGUGGAGGAGCGCAUUUUGGAUCGUCACGGCUUGCUUUCAAAGAUGAGUAGAGUAUUAAGAAAGAAUAGCCUACACUCAACAAGGCAUCCUUCUCCAAGGAGAAAGACACGGCUAUUGGCACUUUACUACAUUAUUGAUGACUCGUCGUCCACCAUUGAUGCCAAAAAUAUUGAUCAACAAAGGCUGGAGGCAGUGCGCAAUGAGAUUGAUGGGGACAUCUUCUUUGAAAAGAAGAAUGAUUAUAGCAUCAACUCACCGGUUCGUAAAAAAUGGAGCCUAUUUUCUAUGUUCUAUAUUUUGGGGAGGGCUUUGUGGUCUCAUGUUAAGCGCCUCUUCAACAAUAUUAGUUUCAUUAGAUAA